CAAUGGAGCCGGCAACAGCCGUUUAACAACCUCCUCUGGAGAAAAAAUCCUUCAGGCAAAUCCCGCUCGCCGGUAUGGCACGCUCUUCUCUGUUCCACCAUUUCCUGCUACCUCUCCCCCUGCUACUCGCUUUAUUCAGCCCUUCGCACGCUCAGGCUUAUCACAACAUAAGCUUGGGCUCCUCCCUGACUCCCUUAGGCGAAAACAGCUUGUGGCUCUCGCCCUCCGGCGAGUUCGCCUUCGGAUUUCAUCCCAUCGAAACCAAUACCAGCUUCUUCCUGCUUGCCAUCUGGUUCGUGAAGACAGCAAACAAAACCGUAGUCUGGUACGCGAACGGAGACCAACCGGUGCAAGACGGAGCCACAGUGGAGCUGACCACCAACGGAGCGCUCUCGCUCAAAGACGACGACGGCCAGGAGGUGUGGAACCCUGGCACCAGCAAUGCCACCUAUGCUGCCAUGCUCGAUACCGGAAACUUCGUGCUCGUAAGCGCCGACGCCUCCGUUAGUUGGCAGAGCUUUGACAAUCCUUCUGACACCAUCUUGCCCUCCCAAGUAUUGGAUCUGGGCACCAAUAUCCGAUCCCGAAUGAUGGACACGGAUUACUCCAGUGGAAGGUUCAGGCUCAGCGUCCAAUCCAACGGUAAUCUAGUGUUUUAUCCCGUGGCCGUUCCGUCUGGACUUCAGUACGAUUCUUACUGGUCCAGCAACACUGGUGGAAACGGAACAAAGCUCGUCUUCGAUAAGCUGGGCACCAUUUACUUGGCCCUAAACAACAGCAGUCGAUUUAAUUUUACAUCUGCGGGAAUAGCUUCAGUAGGUGAUUUCUAUCACAGGGCAACGCUCGACUCUUAUGGGGUCUUCAGGCAGUAUGUCUAUCCAAAGAAUGGGACGCAGAAUGGGACCUGGAACGAAGGCUGGAAUCUGGUGGCUUUUCAGCCUCCAGACAUCUGCCAAGCCAUGACGACGGGGACCGGGAGUGGUGUUUGUGGCUUCAAUAGCUACUGCAAAUACGUUGGCAACCAAAACCUCGUCGAUUGCGAGUGUCCACCCGGAUACUCCUUUUUGGAUCCAAACAGGAAGUACAAAGGGUGUCAGGCAAAUUUUCCAGCACAGAGCUGUAACGCAGAUGAGAAGGCACUGUAUAAUUUCUCGCUAUUGAUCAAUGUCGACUGGCCUUUAUCUGAUUACGAGCACUUCAGCCCCAUCGAUGAGGACCAAUGCAGAGGAGAAUGCUUGAGCGACUGCUUCUGUGCAGUUGCUAUCUAUUAUCAGAACAACGGGGAUUGUUGGAAGAAGAAGCUCCCCCUUUCCAACGGGAAGAUGGGCGAUUACGUUCAGAGAAGGGCUUUCAUCAAAUAUGCCAAAGGUAAUAACUCCCAGCCUCCACCUCCGAUUCCAGUCAUGGUGAAGAAAGACAGAGGGCCUCGGAUUUGGGUUGGAUCACUGCUUCUAGGAAGCUCUGCUAUAGUCAAUUUAGUCCUCAUCACUGCAAUUCUUUUCCUGAGGUUUUGCUCCUAUAACAAAGUGAGACGGAAGCUUCAGCCUGGCUCGAACAUGGCAGCGCUGAGCCUUCGCUCAUUUACGUACAGUGAGCUUGAAGCAGCCACAGAUGGAUUCAAUGAGGAACUGGGCAGCGGUGCUUUCAGCAGAGUCUACAAGGGUUACUUAGAUGAUGAGCCUGGAACCUGUGUUGCAGUUAAGAAACUUGAUAACCUUUUGCCCGACAUGGAUAAGGAAUUUAUGAACGAAGUUGGAAGCAUCGGCCGGACCGGGAGCCCUUGACAUGAAGAGGGUGGAAAGGUUUGUCAAGGUGGCCCUUUGGUGCAUCCAGGAGGAGCCAUCAAUGAGACCUACAAUGCAAAAGGUGACUCAGAUGCUGGACGGAGCAACCUCCAUCCCAGAGCCCCCUGAUCCUUCCUCCUACAUCAGCUCAAUCCAGUGAAAUCACAGACUUGCUACCAUAGUAUGUCUCAUGUUUGUUCUUAAUCUAUGUCCUGCUUAUGUGAAAAAUAAUGGCAUUCUCUAGCCAGCUAUGAUCUUUGUGUGCAUCUAUUUUGUCAAUCCCUGGGUUAGCAAGUGUAUCAAUUUUAAAAGUCCUAGAGUGUCUCUCUUUGCUCUUGCUCUUAAUAGUUACCUUGUGUAUCAAGUAACAGUGCUUUUGAUAGUAUGUGUUAUCCAAGUGUUGCAUCAUAACCAGCGUAUGAAUGAAAGUUUAAUGAAUAGCAUACAACUUUUAACGAA